CCUGGUCAAAGACAAGCAAGCAGGUCUCCCAAUCGAAGCAGAGGAAGCAGCAGAGGUGGCCGAGGGGAGGGAGGAGGAGGCAGAGGUGGAAGAGGAGGAGGAGAAGGAAGAGGUGGAAGAGGAGGAGGAGGAGGAGGAGGAGGAGAAGGAAGGGGUCGAGGUCACCAACAAGCCAGUGGAAGUACAAACAGCCAAUGGGAAAGAUGGCCAGAUGAAAAAGCUCAAGGUGCAAGAGGAGGUGGAGGAGGAGAUGGAAGGGGCAGAGGACAGAGGAGAGAAGAAUACAGGCAACAUCAUCAAGGGAAGCCAAGUUGGAACGCUGUCCACCGCCCAGUGAUAAGGGGAGGCCACUCAAGAGGAUUUGGGAGACCUGUUUAUGGGCUCAUGCAACAAAAUUUUCCCAAUUAUUUACUUCCAGCUCCUUUAAAUUUAAGCAACCGCCCUGAAAACAUGGGUCACCAACCAGCCAGUAGAAGUAUGACUGAUUUAAGAGUUGGUCCACAAGGUGAAGAACCUCAAAGAGGAAGAGUAGAAGCUCAGCGAGGUAGAGGGGGAAAUGGGAGAGGAAGAGGAAGAGGGAGAGAUGGCACCCCUGAAGUACGCAAACUGGGGUAUAAAAUGCUUGAAGGCCUGCUGGAGAGAGAAGCAUCCGAGGUGGCCAUCACCCUUUCAUCUAGCACUGGGCUCAAGAAUCUGCUUGAUGACAGUACGAUGAGAAGCGACCUGGUGCAGCUGGUCUGUCAAGUUCUCUGCAAGGCCUUCGGGUCUCGAAUUGACCGCAAGAUCGUGCUGCACUUGGCUCGCAUUGUCAAGGAUUCAAAGUUUUUCCGUAACAUUCUUCCGUAUCAUGUGACUGGAAUGAUGUCGGAUUAUGCGCAAGCUCGAAGGGAGCAGUAUCCCCAACAUCUGAGCAACAUCAUCAGCCUUCUCUCUGAAGUUCUCAACAUGUUUCCUCAGAGCUCUAUCCAGUCGGUCUCCAUGUUGGUGGCUCUUUUGAAACCGACCGUCAACCAGUUGCGUGCCACUGGUGUGGAUAUUCUCCCCAGUACUGAUGAAGACUUGGAGAGGGUGCAGGGUUUGGUGGACCACCUCCAAGAAAAAUCAAGGGAAGGCACCUUGCGGUCCGAUAACUACUCCUUCCUAGCAGCUGACGAGGACGCCCCACCUGGGGAAGAAGACUUCAGGACGAUGAGCAUUUAUCCAACCAUUGAGGAGUUCCACCUAGACCAGAAGCCAUUCCUGAGACCCAACAUAAUGUCUCAAAGCUUUCCUAACACUCGCAUCUAUCUAGACACACACUUCCGACUUUUGCGUGAAGAUUUUGUGAGGCCGCUGAGAGAGGGCGUCAAGGAGAUCCUGAGGAACCAACACAGUGAGACUAUCGAUGGAAUACCAAUGAAAAAGAGGCGUUUUGAUGACAUCAGAAUCUACUUUGACACCCGAUUGGUUUUGCCACUCUGCACACCAACGGGCAUCGCCUACAAAGUGCAGUUUGACCCACGGCCUCUUCAGUUUGUCCGGUGGGAAAAUUCCAAGCGUCUCAUUUACGGAUCCCUUGUCUGUCUCUCCAUGGACAAUUUCGAAACCUUCCUGUUCGCCACUGUUACCGAUCGGGAUCCAACGCUGCUGAGGAAGGGACAGGUGCAUCUCUGUUUUUCUUCUGAGAGCAGGGCCAGGUUGGCCAGAAUUCAGCCCUCGGACUCCUUCCUGAUGGUCGAGACCACGGCUUACUUUGAGGCCUAUAGAUAUGUCCUAGAAGGUCUCCAGGAGCAAGAUGAGAAUGAUGUUCCCUUUCAAAGGUACAUAGUGGAGUGCAACACAGAUGUAGAUCCUCCAGCUUACCUUCGGGUGGAAGGAAGGUCAUACGAUCUUUCUAGCAUUAUGGCAGAAGGGCAGGAGAAGAUUCCACCCUUCAACCCCUUGACCCCACACGCCUGGCCUGAUGAGGAAAAAGUGGGUCUCGAUGAAAGCCAACUUCAAGCGCUUAAACUGGCCUUAACCAAUGAAGUGGCCAUCAUACAGGGACCACCAGGAACAGGGAAGACGCAUGUAGGCCUGAAGAUCGCUCAGGCUUUGCUAAACAACCAUGAGGCCUGGUCAAAUAAUUGCCCUAUGCUGGUGGUCUGCUAUACCAAUCAUGCUCUUGACCAGUUUCUGGAAGGCAUCCAUGGAUUUUUAAAAAGGGGCAUUGUGAGAGUUGGAGGACGAAGCAACAGUGAAACUCUAAAGCCCUUUGGUCUGAGGGAGCUGACCAGGGCAUCAAACUUCCGCAAAAAUUUACCACAGCACCUGAGGAGAGCCCAUCAUGAAAUCUACACACAGAUGGAGGCCGCAGAGGAGCUCUUAAAGAGACAGUCCGCUCAGCUGGAGUGCAGCUUGCGUGGCGUCCUCAGAGAAGACUUUCUGGAGAGAUACAUGUCUCCUCAGCACUGGGACAGCCUGUGUCUGCAGCCAGUGAUGGAUGGAUUUGAGAGUGUGGGGAGAAAGAAGACUUCAAUGAUCCCGGAGUGGCUCGGCAUCGGAUUCUCUGUUUUUUUGCAGGGGCCACAGCUAACAGAGAUGGCAGAUGAAGACGGGCCACAGCUGAACGAUGAGGAACUGAUAGAUAUCGAUGAAGAGGCGGAUCUGAUCCAGGCCGAGAGGAUAGUGGUGGAUGCGGAGCACGGGGAUAAAGACUGGAAAAAGCUGAAACAAGAUCAGAAAAACAUCGCUGACAUGGCUGAGUUGAUGCUGGCGAUGAACCUGAAUGAUCCUGAACCACAAGAAGCAGCCCAGAAUCGGGCUCAGAGUCAGGCUGAUCAAGAGGAAUGGCAGAUGCAAGGCCACCAGAAGAAAAAAAUUAAGCAAAUGGCUAAAAAGGAGCUGAGGAAAACUUCAGCCAUGAGUGAGCAACAAGAAAGGCAAACCAGGAAUGUGUGGAUCCUCAAUCUGAAAGACAGAUGGAGACUGUAUCGGCUUUGGGUUUUGCGCUAUCGGACUGAUCUCCGCGCUAAGGCCCUCACCUCUGAACAGGUGUAUCAGGACGCCGCGGAGAGGCUCAAUGAAAUCCGCCGCCGUGAGGACCUGUGUGUGCUGCGACAGGCUCGGGUCGUCGGUAUGACCACCACAGGAGCGGCUAAAUACAGACAGGCUCUGCAGGAGCUGCAGCCCAGACUGGUGAUCGUGGAGGAGGCGGCAGAGGUGUUGGAGGCGCACACCAUCACCACCCUCAGCAAAGCCUGCCAGCACCUCAUACUGAUCGGAGAUCACCAACAGUUGAGGCCUAGUGCAACAGUGUAUGACCUUGCCAAGAAUUUCAAUCUGGAAGUGUCGAUGUUUGAGAGGCUUGUGAGAGUGAACUUUCCAUUUGUGCGCCUUAACUACCAGCAUCGCAUGAGGCCAAGCAUCGCUCGACUGUUGACUCCUCAUAUCUAUGAAACACUGGAAAACCACCCCUCUGUACUGGAGUAUGACAAUGUUAAGGGGGUUCUGACAAAUCUCUUUUUCGUGGAUCACGGGCAAUUUGAGGAAGAGAUUAAGGAUGGAAGGAGUCACCAGAACCCUCACGAGGCUCAGUUUGUGGUCGCGCUUUGCCGCUACUUGAUGCUCCAGGGCUACAAGCCUUCUCAGAUCACCAUUCUGACGACUUACACAGGACAGCUUCACUGUCUACGUAAGCUCAUGCCCUCACCGAAUUUCUCUGGAGUCAAAGUCCACGUUGUUGACAAAUACCAAGGGGAGGAGAACGACAUUAUCAUAUUGUCUCUGGUGCGCAGCAAUCUACAGAGGAGAGUCGGCUUCCUGAACAUAUCAAACCGGGUCUGCGUUGCCCUUUCUCGUGCUAAGAUGGGUCUCUUUUGUAUCGGAAAUAUGGACAUGCUCAGCUCCGUUACGCUGUGGAGCAACAUCCUUCACACUCUGAGAGAGUCAGAUCAAGUGGGUCGUGCUUUGACGUUGAGCUGUCAAAACCAUCCGGAUAAACAGAUCCUUGCAUCCUGCAGUGAUGACUUCAGAGGUGCCCCCGAGGGUGGCUGCGAUCAGCCCUGCCAAUUUCGCUUGGAUUGUGGCCACGUGUGCACCCGUAUGUGCCACCCAUAUGAUGUGGAACACAAAGAAUACAAGUGCAUGAAAGACUGCCAGAAGGUGCUGUGUGAGCUGAAGCACAAAUGUACACGUCGCUGUUACAAAGAAUGUGGUGAAUGCCAGGUACUCCUAGACAAGAUCAUUCCGUCAUGCCAGCAUAGUCAGAAGGUGCCUUGCCACCUAGACCCUGAGAAAUUUGUCUGUCAAGAGCUUUGCCAAAAGACCCUCCCAUGCGACCAUCCCUGUAAGGCAGCUUGUGGAGAGUCCUGCACCGCUCAGUGCAAGGUUAGAGUUCAAAUGCAGCUGAAAUGUGGACACGUCCAGGAAGAACCGUGCUUCAUUUCCAGGGACCACAGAAGGGAGCCAAACUGCAAAACAAAAUGUGGCACCACCUUGGAAUGUGGCCACCCUUGCCCAGGAACUUGCCAUGGAUGCUUUCAAGGUCGCCUGCACAAAGCAUGCACCCACAAAUGCCAACAAACCCUCGUGUGUUCUCAUCAGUGUCGGGAGCCUUGUGUAAGAGAUUGUCCACCGUGUUCCGUUCGCUGCGAGAACCGUUGCGUCCACAGCGUCUGCAUGAAGACUUGCGGUCAGCCUUGCGCGCCUUGCAACGAACCCUGCGAAUGGCAGUGCCCUCACCACAGCUGUACCAAGCUGUGUCACGAACCAUGCGACCGUCCGCCUUGUUCUGUUCCCUGUAACAACACCUUGCGCUGCGGACACCGCUGCAUAGGUCUGUGCGGAGACCCUUGUCCCAAUAAGUGUCGCAUUUGCCAUAAGGAUGAGGUCACGGAGAUCUUCUUCGGCAAUGAAGACGACCCGGAUGCUUGUUUCAUUCAGCUUGAAGAUUGCAAGCACCUGUUCGAGGCUACAGGAAUGGAUCAAUACAUGAAUCUUGACGAAGACCAAGGCGCUGAACUGGAUCAAAGGGCGAUCCGACUCAAGGAUUGUCCAAGGUGUCGCACUCCCAUCCGUAGAAACCUUCGGUAUGGCACUCAUAUCAACCGCAGCCUGGCAGCCAUCAGUUCAUUAUGUGAUGAAUGUCGUCCUGUCAUAACAUAA